AUGUCGAUGGAUAUAACGUUCCUCGGCACAGGCUCGGCGUAUCCGUCUCCGACAAGAGGAGCGUCGGCCCUGGUGCUUCGCCGGGAAGGGGAGUGUUGGCUUUUCGACUGCGGGGAGGGAACGCAAACACAAUUCAUGAGGAGCCACCUCAGAGCAGGCAGAAUCACCAAGAUUUUCAUAACUCACCUUCACGGCGACCACAUUUUUGGCCUUCCCGGCCUGCUGUGCACGCUUAGUCUCCAAGUUAAUCCCGACCCAAGCAAACCGCCGCUCGAUAUUUACGGCCCCUUAGGGCUGCGGUAUUUCAUCCGGAGGAGUCUGGAGCUCUCCCACUCCCAGCUUCUCUUUCCCUACGCUGUUCAUGAGCUGGUCCCCACACCAGAUCAAUGCCCCGCGGAGGAAUUUAAAGAGUUCUCUUGCUUGGAUCAAGUGGCUCAAGGUGCACAAGGGCGAAUUCUCCACCUGGAUCCAGUCGAAAACUCUUACUUACUGCUUGAGGAUGAGCAACUGGUUGUGAAAGCGUUUCGCCUGUUCCAUCGCAUCCCUUCCUUUGGCUUUGUGGUGGAAGAGAAGCCCCGGCCUGGUAAACUCAACGUCCAGAAGCUGAAAGACCUUGGAGUUCAACCAGGUCCUCUCUAUGGGAAGCUGAAGAACGGAACCUCGGUCGUUCUGGAGAACGGAAUCACAAUUUCUCCUUCGGACGUCUUAGAAAACGCGAUUCCCGGAAGGAAAAUCUGCAUUUUGGGGGAUUGUUCGGGGACGGUCGGAGAUGCGGCGGCCAAGCUUUGCUACGGAGCCGAUGUGCUGGUGCACGAAGCCACGUUGGACGAUACCCAAGAGGAAAAGGCGCGUGAGCGCGGUCACAGCACUCCCAGAAUGGCGUCGGCUUGGGCCAAACGCUGCCAAGCCAAGAAACUGGUGUUGACUCAUUUCAGUCAACGAUACAAACCCGGAGGGGAGGGAGACGCGGACGUCACCGAAAUGAAGAGACAGGCCGAGUCGGGGUUGGAUGGGCAAGAAGUGACGCUGGCCGAGGAUUUUAUGACCAUAGAAAUUGCUAUGAAAAAGGAAAAACAGCCGCUUUCGUAAAGCCGGAAAGAAGGACGCGCAAACAUCUGGAAUUUGGAAUGAAUUCGUGGUGGGUUCGGACGCUGAGCCGCCCCAGAAUCGGAGCGUUAGGGCGGCACAAACCUUCAGAGCCCGUGGGGUUUACAAUAUUUAGUAAGAAUUCAACAUAUCCUGCCCAUUAAAAGCCUUUGAAUAACAUCUAUUUCAAAUUUACACGCCUCAUUUUGCGCCUGUUAUCUGACUGUUAAACUGGAAUUAAUGAAGUAUUUAGAACCCCACCAAAUCGUUGUAACUGGGGGUGUUUUCAUGCUCAAGUCAAGUUCUAAUUCUCCAGUUCCACAGGAUCAAUAAAUACAAUUUAGGCUUCCUGUCCGAACUACUAUUGAAAUUUAAUUGAAUUUAAUUCAUUUAAAGCCCUAAGUUUGUACACCCAGUAAAGCGUUUGGAAAUCUCGACAAGUCAUCGUUUCUAAAUCGUUCCUCCGGGUGCGUUUUCAAAGACAAAUGCUUUAAAUUGAAGAUAACAAAGCUCCAAAAAACAAAUGAUUUAGAGCAUAUAUAUGAGUAUAUAUAUUUAUAUACAGCGAUAAGCUUCGCCCAGAACAAGCUGGUGGGGUGAGCAAGUUAAAUCCUGAAUAUAAUUUGGCUAUAUUCGUGUUUUCUUCAUGAAGGGCGGACUUGGCUAUAAUUAAAUCUUAAUAAAUAAAGGAGUGUCAGAUAUAUAUCUAUAUAUAUACAUAUAUAGGGAAUGAUUGCAAACAUCCUAAAUACAUUUUUAGGAUCUAAAUGAAUGUAUUUGAUAAUCCA